GCCUUCGUCAUGGAAAUCCCGCUGAUAUCAUGGCGGAGGCAGGCUCGGCUGUGGACCGUCUCUCUCAGCAAGCUCGCGUCCGUGGCCAUACCACCGCCGGCCCCUGGACUACGGACGCCGGGUGGGACCUACAACGCCCUGACCAUCGCCGCCAAGUACCUGGUGAACUUCGGCGUGAGCGGCCCUACUUCCUUGCCCUCACCGUGCCGGCGGCGCCUUGGAGUAAAGAAGCACGUUUGCGACAGUCCUCCGACCAGUUGCGCCAAAGCCGCCGCUUUGACUUGACUUUGCUCAACUUCGUCGCCCGCUUGGCGCGAGAACAAAUUGGGGGGGGGAGACACUUCGUUUUCCUUCUUCCCGCUUUUUCUUCGGCCUGGUGGGCUCCCUCUUUGAAACGGCUUCGUGGCCACCCAGGGCUGCGUGCGGUCACAGCUUUGGGCCUUCGCUUCUUGACCUCGAGCCAGGCGGUUGUGAGCCGGUUCUUGGACCGUGCCGUGGUUCAACGGUGCGGUGCUGUUAAGUAUGCCCUCCCACAGGCCUUGGUGCAAGCCUUUGAGGAAGAGUUUGACUUUGAGUCCAGGCAGCUGGACGCCAGAGUGCCGGUGCACGAGAGCUUUGAGACUACGGCGGUUCCUGGGGCGGUCGACUUUUACCACGACCUCCUCGCCGUGACCGAGCCGGGGCCCGAUGACCUUGGUGACUUUGAGGUGGAGCAGGACUCAGAUGACGAGCCCCAGGAACCGUUCAAGGGCGAGAUCACGCCGGCAAUCCGCUCGGCUGUCAAACGGGUACAUGAAGCUACUGGGCAUCGCCCUCCGAAACGUCUUGCCCGUGCCCUUCUGCUGUCGGCGCGUGCGCCUCGGAGCCGUCGAGUUUCGAGUUUGCCUCCCCCGCGUGCCGUGGGCGAGCAGAUGCACGUGGAUCUGCUGGUGACGGAGGAUGCGGUAGGUCGCAGCUACAUAGUAGCUCACGCGACCGACGCUGUGUCAAGGUUCCAGCAAGCCGCGGUACUCAAGGACAAGAGCGCAGCUUCAGUGAUCGACUUCUUAAUGACCGCCUGGGUUCCCCUUCUCGGGGCGCCGAAACAAUUGGUCGCGGAUCAGGGACGGGAAUUUGUCGCGGAGGCCUUCCAGGAGUGGGCCUCGUGGCACGCUGCCGUUCAAGCUCCGUGGCAAAAUGGAAUCGCUGAGCGCUCUGGAGGGACCCUGAAGGCGCUGGUCGCUGCGGUCGUCGCAGACCGGGUGGUGAUUGGGGAGCGAGACAUGAGCCACGCGGUGUCCGAAGCUGUGGCGGCCUACAACUCCGACCCCACCUCGGAAGGUGUCUCUCCUCUUCAGUGCGUGACGGGGCGACAGCCGGCGGCUCAGGGGUCUGUCUUGAACAACUUUGCGGGCCGCCUUGCCGAGCACGGGUUGAUCGACUCCGACCCUAACCUGAACCAGCGCAUGGCCCUCCGCGAGUCUGCCCGCAUUGCCAUGGUGAGGCUCCACUACAGCCAGAGCAUUCGCAAGGCUGAGCUUGCGAGGAGCAGGGAGCCGACAGCUUCUCAACCUCCCGUGCCUGGCGAUGUGGUUUACUUUUGGCGCGCACAGAAGUUGACUCGCCGGGGUGACCCUCGUGUCUCGACUUCUUCCCGGCGGCGGCGUCUGGAGCUGAAACGUUGGCAUGGACCCGCCGUGCUGAUUGCCUUGGAGGCCUCUGGUGAGACAGGCUUCCCUACCAACGCCUUCCUCUCCUUCAAGAGCCAGGUGACGAAGUGUGCGCUUGAGCAUGUGCGUGCCGCCUCUUCGCUGGAACAACUCGCCGCGAACACCUGGGAAGAGGCCAUAAAAGAGCUGGUCGAUGGUCUUGACCGAGCUCGCGGUUCCGAGCCUGCCGCGGCUGUGCCCGAGGACGAGCCCGUGGACGAUGACCUGGAGUUGGCCGCCGUGGCGCUGGGGAACGUGGCGCCUUCUGAUUGGCUGCCCUCUUCUUCGCCGGCGGCUACCGCUACUAUGACUGGGCCCUCGGCUCCGUCGACGGCGGCUCCUGGAACGCCGGUGGGACAACUACUUCAACGACCGGUCCUUCAGCGUGCUCUAGGCCGGGCUCGGCAACAACCUUUGGCCAUGGAGCUGGGACAGCAUGCUCUUCGACGAGGCCAGCCCGCAGACUUCCAGGCUGAACUUCGUGAUGCCAUGAUGCGCAGCACCCUGUGCCGCACCAGUUCCGAGGCGGGCUUUGCUGAUGGCCCCAGUGAGACACGACGUGCAGUGCAAGAGACCAGCGGCGGU